AUGAAAGACUCACAGAGUUCCGCAUACAACACUUUGGUUGUCCUCUUCGUAGCCAUCGGCAGCAUCACCUAUGGCUACUGUUCGUCCAUCAUCGGCACCACGCUUGGUCAGCCGAGCUUCGUCGAGUACUUUGCGCUCCAGCCGAGCGAUCGCACGGAUGCGCUCGUCGGCGCCAUCAACGGCCUCUUCCAAGCUGGCGGCGUCUUUGGCACGCUUUCCACCACGUUAUUGGCGGACCGGCUUGGGCGACGAAAGACCAUUCUCGCAGGCGCCAUGGCAGCCGUGCUCGGAUCGGCGCUGCAGACAGGGUCUGUUCAUAUUGCCAUGUUCAUGGUGGCUCGUCUCAUCACGGGCUUUGGUAUUGGCAACCUCGUCAUCAUCGUGCCCCUCUGGCAGAGCGAGGUCGCGCCGCCAGCUUCCCGUGGAUUUCUCGUCGGGAUGCACGGCGUCUUCAUCCUCUGUGGCUACUCCCUAGCCAGCUGGAUGGGCGUUGCAUUCUCCUUCGUCAAGGCGGCCGGCGCCCAGUGGAGGAUUCCGCUAGCGAUCCAGAUCCUACCGCCCGCUAUCCUGCUUCUCGGUGUCAUGACUAUGCCUGAGUCUCCGCGAUGGUUAAUCCAGAAUGGCAUGACAGAUAGAGCGAUGCAGAUCCUAUCCAAGCUGCACGAAACGAGUGAUGGGGGCGGCCAAGCUGGUUACGCCCAGAGGGAGUAUGACCAAAUCCAACAGCGGCUGGAGCAAGACAAACUUUUGCCUAGGUCAUGGGCUGCCAUUUUCAAGAUUCGAUCGUACAGAAUGCGCGCCAUUGUGGGUUUCUUGACUAUGUUCUGCGGACAAUGUACAGCCACGCAGAUCAUCAACAACUAUGGCCCAAGCUUAUAUGCAUCUAUGGGCUUUGAUUCAACCAGACAGCUGCUCAUCACGGCCGGCUGGAUCUCGGUCGGUAUUCUGUCCAACUUUGCCAGUGCACUACUGUUAGAUCGAGUUGGACGCGUGAAGCUCAUGGUCAUUGGAUUUGCCGGAUGUGCAAUCGCUCUCGGGCUCGAGGGCGUCAUGUUGGCUCUCUACCAAGGAACGAGCAAUCAGGCCGGGAUUGGCGCUGCCGUGUUCUUCCUCUUCUUGCAUAUUGUAUUCUACGGAGGGUGUAUUGAUGCAACAACCUAUGUGUACGUGACCGAGAUCUGGCCCAUGCACAUCCGCUCCAAGGGAAGCGCCCUGGCAACUACCGGUCUUUUCUUGUCGUCAUUGAUUCUGCAGACUGUCUCUCCAACCGCGUUUGCCAGGAUAGGGUGGCGAUAUUACAUGGUCUUCACCAGCGUCUGCGUUGUGUCCAUGGUUGGGAUCUGGCUCUACUUUCCUGAGGUAUAAGAGAUCGGCCAGCUUUUCAACGAUGACCAGUCCUUAGUACUCGUAGCAAGCCAGGAUAAUGAAGACAAGAGCACCCGCAAUGACGUCGGCGAUGAGCUCAAGUACGGCCAUAGUCUUGAGUCGAAGAAAGAAGUCAGCCUCUAA